ACUCCAACAGACACAAUCACAGUGUGGAGUAUCAGCUCGGAGCAGGACGCACACAGGGGGAGAACUGCACCUGUCCUGCACACACACACACACACACACACAGAGGAUCUGACCCGUCGUCCUUAUGUGUGGAUGGGACCAAAGUUACACGGCGACCUCUCAUAGCUCGGCCAUGUUGACCAGUGAGGGGGCGCACACCAUGGAGCAGGACGACUCGCACCGCGGACCCAAGAUGGCCUCCGCCGCCACCACUGCCGCCACUGGCUGCAGCUCAGCCAGGACCGAGGCAAUGACAGACACAGACGUUGACAUGGAGACGGAGAUGGAGGAGGCAGACAUGACUCGAUGGACCGAGGCGGAGUUUGAGGAGAAGUGCACAUACAUUGUCAAAGACACGGCAUGGGAGGCUGGCCCAGACGGUGACGCCAUGAUGACGACGACAACCAGAGCCGAGGCGUCACUGCCCCGGAACCUGGCCUUAAAGCACCCAGCUGACAGCAAGGAGGUGGUCGGCGUGUGCAGCAGGGAGUACAUCCCCAAAGGAACUCGCUUCGGUCCCCUGGUGGGCGAAAUCUACACAGCUGACAGCGUCCCCAGAGACGCCAACCGCAAGUACUUCUGGAGGAUCUACGCGGAAAGGGAGUUCCAUCACUUCGUCGACGGCCUGGAUGAGACUCGCUCUAACUGGAUGCGGUACGUGAACCCGGCCCACUCGGCGGCGGAGCAGAAUCUGGCAGCGUGUCAGAACGGCAUGGAGAUUUAUUUCUACACGGUGAAGCCCGUUCCUGCCGGCGCUGAGCUGCUCGUCUGGUACUGCCACGACUUUGCCCGACGACUCCACUACCCGCCGUCAGGAGAGAUGAUGAUGCAGAAACUCAAGCAAUCUCUCUUGGAGGUCAAGCAGCAGAAAGUGAGCAGUGAAGAGCGUUUGGUCGAAGCCUCCAGUCCGUCCCCCGUCGCAGUGACACCCACCCCGCCCAAGAGGGAACACAGCGUCCUCUCCAUUCUGCGUGGCACCAACAGCACCUCCUCGUCCACAAAGAGGGAGCCCAGCCGGCCGCUUCCCACCCGCCCGAGCUGUGCCGACAGCCCUGAGCGCCCCCUGUACCCCCGCGCCCUCUACCCAACUUUCAGGGCCCACCCUCACGUCCCUGAAGACUUCCUUUGCCACAAACCUGGCCAGCUCGGUUACCCCGCAACUCGUUCCCCUGGCAACCAAUCCUCGGCCACACCUAGCCCGUCAGCGAGGAGCAGCCCGGACAGCAGCCCUCAGGGGAGUCCCUCGGGUGCGGUGCCGUCCCCAGCUUCUUUCUACCCCACUGGACUGGGCUCCUACCCUGGUUACUCCCCACCAUCAGCCCCCCUUUCCUCAUCUUUUUACCCUCCAGGAACCCCCUACUCACGAUACCUACUGCCCCAUCACUAUCCUCUGCCCGGCGGUGGCGUCCCCACCGUAGGAGGGAUCUUUCCCAGGAUGUAUCCCCUCUACAGCAGCCUCCUGCCCACUCACGUGCCCCUCCUGCCCUCCGACACAGCAGGGAGGCGCUUCCUGAUGCCUGAUCACAUCCACCCCUCCUCCAUUUCUGCACACAGAGACUUCCUCCUACCCGGGCCCACCAGUGCUUUCUCAGCCGCCACCUCACUGAAGGACAAAGCCGGGCCUCACCAUCCUUACCCCGGGCACCCUAACCUACACGAACCAGCCCACGUCCCCUCCAGCGGCUCCCCAACAGCAGGCACAGCACCUCCCAGCGAGCGGAUGCCUACCAAGCCUACCUCAGCCCUGCCGGGCAACGCCAGUGAGCAACACUCCGACGAGGAGGCCAUCAACUUGACCAAAGUAAAACGAGGCAUAGGCUCGGCGGGCUACAAAGCACUUCCAUACCCGCUGAAGAAGCAGAACGGCAAAAUCAAGUACGAGUGUAACGUGUGCAGCAAGACCUUUGGGCAGCUGUCCAACCUGAAGGUUCAUCUUCGUGUCCACAGUGGAGAGAGACCCUUUAAAUGUCAGACCUGUAACAAAGGCUUCACCCAGCUGGCUCACCUGCAGAAACACUUCCUGGUCCACACUGGGGAGAAGCCGCAUGAAUGUCAGGUUUGCCGCAAGCGCUUCAGCAGCACCAGCAACCUGAAAACCCACCUUCGCCUCCACUCAGGCGAGAAGCCUUACCACUGCAAACUCUGCCCAGCCAAGUUCACCCAGUUUGUCCACCUCAAGCUGCACAAGCGCCUGCACUCCCGGGACCGUCCACACAAAUGCCUUCACUGCCACCGCCACUACAUCCACCUGUGCAGCCUGCGGCUUCACCUGAAGGGCUACUGCCUGGCAGCCAGCCCUGGCUCUGGCAAUCCGGCGGUGUCUAGUCAGGCUGCCUUGGAGGAGGUGCAACGCGCCAACGAAGAGAUCGAGCGCUUCGACGUCAGCGAGCAUGCCGAGCGGCUGGAGCAGCUGCAGGGUGGGGUGGAGGUGGAGGCCAUGUUGGAGAAGCAGGUCCUGGGGAUGCUGUGGAGGGAGGCAGACCUCAAGUCCUCCCACUUCCAUCCCCUCCACAAGGGGGUCGCCACUGAGCUUCUGUCUGCAGGUUACGGCGCGUACGAGUCCCCGAAUGAGACGUCGGUCAUCAAGAUGCGGCGCAGCAGCCCCAUGCUGCCACUUCCUGCCAACGUCACAGUCAAGCAGGAGUCAGAGGAUCACGCCUAAAUGAACUUUGAAGCACAUGGACAUAGAGUCAAGACUACAUGGCUCAAAGUGGACUCGGUUGCCAGGAGCAACAGCUGUAAAUAAAUAAUUUUUGACCUGGUUGUCAUCAGGAUGACAUCAUGACCAUGCCAGGUUUUCAACCUAUCAGGGACUCACGUACUCAGGGCUACAACAGACACUGUCCCAUGACUACUUAUCAUUUUCAGCGUUUAUUAUACUUAGAGACAAUCAUCUUUCCAGGAUUUCCCUUUAAUGUAAUUAAUAUAAUGCUAUUAUCAUUAUUGUUGUUGUAUUAUUUUGGUCUUUAUUUUCAAAUGUCUUAGUUGUUGUUUUUUGAUCAAUUAGUUGUUAUAUAACCUCCUUAAUUUAUUAUAGCUACUUUUGUUGUCUUUAAAAAGCAAUAAGUGGAAUUAAUGGUUACAUUGACUGGGUGAAAUCAAUGGAAAAGACUGAUUUUGUUUUUGUCUGUGGCCAUUUCACUGUAGAUAGUCACUCUCUCUAUGCCUAUAUCUGUCCUGCAACCUCUGACUUAUAGAACCAGGGGUGUCCACUCUUCAGGGUUUUAUCUAUUUAAAUUUAAAAACGAAUAUAGCCGGUUAAAAAGGGUUCGAAAAACUUGCCAAAGGAUGGCACAUAAAUUUGUUAAUUUAGCAACAAGAGCUUUAUUUCAGCCCUGCUCGAUAGCUUCCCUCAAGUAUGACUGUCAUUUUCUGAUGCCUAUUUAAUUCUAAGAAACAAAGAAAGGGCAUUUUUUUUUGUAUAUUUUUCACAACGGUUACCUCAGUGUGCAUGUGAUGAUAUGAAUGUGUGUGUUUGAGUGUUGUAAGGGACAGCUGACGGUGGGAGCUUUCUAUUUAUUUGCUUUUUUUGCUACUUGAAGAAGAAGAAGAAGAAGAAACCAAACUGAAGUGGAGUGCAGCUCUUCAUGUGGUCCAAAGGAGCGGCACAGCCCGCUCAACAUGUAGCACAUAAUGGACUCGGGAGGCCGGUGAGCCGUCCCCUCCUCCUCCCUCCUUUGCUUUUAAUAGAAAAACUUUUUUCUUUUUUUUUACAACAACACUGUCAACCCACAACAGGGAAGAGAACAUCCUCGGAUUUUAGGGAUUCGCUCUUGAUGCUAGUAACCAAAGUUGGCACGGCUUUAAUUUCAAAUGCACACCAAAAAAAUAGAAGACAAAA